AUGGAUCGUGUCAACAGCGGAGACUUCAGUCCCGAGAUUUUCAUUGGCCGAAUCGGCUCGGGUAAUACAGUCAUGAAGAGCGGGGAAGAUCGAGACUGCAUCGCGGAUGAACAUGACCUCAUUGCCUUCGAGAUGGAGGGCGCUGGAUCAUGGGAUGAGGUUCCGUGCAUCGUUGUCAAGGGCAUUUAUAACUAUGCGGACAGUCACAAGAACAAAGGCUGGCAAGACUUUGCAGCCGCUACGGCAGCGUCUGUGGCGAAGGCUAUUCUCGGACGAUACGCGAUCCAUGAUGGAGAUCGGGAUACACCCUCAAGGAAUUAUCACGUGCCCUCAAUCACACACACUGUUUCAGGCAAUUCCUUUGGAAAUGGGACCUGGAUCAAUCAGGGUGCCGUGCUGGGUAGCCUGGCUUAUUCAGACCCUGCCAGAUUUCUGGAAAGAACUGAGGACAUAGGUGAACAAAAGUGGGAGAAAAUAAUCAACCGUUGGAAACGGACAAACGGUUGUCUCAACUGCGGAUCGGGAGAGCAUUGGGAGCGAGAAUGCCAAGAGUUCUGUGGUAAAUGUGUCUUUAUCAGGGGCACAAGGCGACCUGGUGUAAUCAUCCAGUCCGUUGCCUCAAGUGUGGAGAACAAGGUCACAUAG